AUGGAUAAGGCUUUAACCUUCUAUAAUGACAACAAUUUGAUUGUAAAUAACCUAAAGAUCCAAGAUGCACAACAAAAUCAUGUUUCUUUUGAGAAAUGUGUGAAUGUCCAAGCCUCCAAUCUCAAGGUGAUUGCACCUGCAACGAACUCCAACACUGAUGCAAUCCAUAUCACAUAUACGCAAAACAUUCACAUUUCUAAUUGUGUUAUUGUAACACCCCAAAAACCUCCGUGGGUGACAUUACAUUCUAAAAACCAUUUACCGUAUGAGAGCAUUAAGUAA